AUUUGGUGUGGUGCUAUUCUUGCACUUUGCAUCCGAUCAGAACAAGGGAGAAAGAGACCCUGGAGAGGAUUAAAAAUUUUUGAUUGGGAGGCGAUCCGUUAGCGAAUUGAUGGCGCACGGAUGGCGGCUGUGGGGAGAGCUGAGCUUCAUGGGCAGAAACGUCGAGCUGACGAUGAGCUUGAAGGAGAACAACCGCUGACCAAGAGGUUUGGGCGCCUUCGCAUUGGACGAGUCCUUGGAGCUCCAGACGCCGCCGGGCAUGUCGCCACCCCGGCCGCACAUGCCGCUGCUCUUCCCACGGCCCGACGUGCGUGCAAGUUCAACGAAGAUGGGAUGCAAAUCGAUGAUACGAAAACAAGAGUGUACAUUAAUGAUCUAGAAAGCGAAAUAGCGGAGAUAGAGGCCGAGGAAAAGGACCACGCUAUCGAAUUCCUCCCCGAGAUCGAGAAGAAACUCAUGGCGAUCCCGAAGUCGGUUCUCAAUCCCAAACCUGACAAUGAGCUUGUACUUUAUCGCAUACCUCGUUCGCUAAGCAUACCUGAAGAGGAAGAUAGCGUCCGGUCGGUGAUCGCAGAUGCGAGAGGGCGGGCAAGGGAGAAGAGUCUCGCAGAUGCGAAAGAAGCCGAAGAGGAGGAAGAGACGAAUUCAUCGGGCCUCGACGAUACAUGCAUACAUGCCACACCGUGGAGGAACAUCCAUACCAACGAGCCUGAUGAUACACUAUAUGAUGCCAUGGAGAUCGACUGACAGUUGGAUCGUUUCCAUGACCAGCGUCAGAUAAACUUUUCCACUAUAUGCCGAAAGUCGGCGUUCAUUUACUGAUCUAUGAUGCAGCUAUAGUUUACAUAGAUAUGACAGCGUUUCAAUAGACAUCUUUUUGCAAACCCCUGAUUAGAUCCUCUCAAGUUGGUGUAGCACGAGGAGCUUUCAUUCUCGAUAAUGCCACAAUUGUGCUGUACAUACAGCCACUCAGCUCCCCGGUCCGAGAUAAGUCAUUUCUGGCAGCAGUCGAUGGUGUAGUUAUGACUUCUUGCUGGGCAACGGAGUCGGCAUAGCGUAGAUGGGUUGGCCGACAUGAAAAAAAGCCCAGAUGGCCGGUUAAAGUUCGUCCUGGGCGCGUCGAAAUAAGCGCUCGUGCCUGCUCCAGACGUACCUCUCACUACUUAACUGACCCAAAUGCGCCUAUUGUAGGGGACUUGUUUCCACCCGCGCCCUGACUGAAGGGGUACUCAGGCACUUGAGCUCCGAUAUAAAGCCAGGAGCCUAGAACAAAUAGUCGAUGGCCUGUCCCGCCCUUUUGUCCAUCGGGGAUCAUGGACAACCUGAUAUGAUUUCUUCAAAAUCACCUUAAAAGGCUUUCUUUCAGAGAAACUUUCCUCCGGAAAAGCGAGAGGAGAUAUUCGAAGAAGACUUGUUGAGCAAUUCUCGGCGUUGCGCAUGAUUGAUUCUGGUCGGGCCACGAAUGUCCUUUUCCUUGUCAAACGGUCGUGCACUCGGAUCGUCUUUCUCAAUGUCAGACGCCUUUGUCUGGUGCUUUGAGUAGAGCGAUUUGCUUCGAACUUUUUCCUGUAUAUU